ACUUGAUUAUGUUGUCUAUAAAAGGGACUGAAACCACAAGACGUAAGCACACAACACAAAUAUAAGACUUUUCACUUGAAAACCUAUCCUGUUCUAAGUCUGAAGAGAGAAAUAUACAAAUGGAAGCACACAACGUAGAGAUAUCAACAAGACUUACCCCAGAAAUGAAAAACCAGGGAACCAUAGAGUUACUCUACAAAGCGUUGCAGCAAGGCGACACUUCUACGGUGACCAAAGUGGUGGCCAGUGACGUGGAAUGGUGGUUCCAUGGACCGCACGAUUGUCAACACAUGAUGAGGCUGCUAACAGGGGAACCUCCGAGGCAGGUUUCGUUCAGGUUUGAGCCAAGCAGUGUACAAGUAGUGGUGCCUGGUCAUGACUGCGUGAUUGCAGAAGGGUGGGAGGGUUCACGCGUGUACUGGGUUCACGUGUGGAAAUUGAAAGACGGAGUGGUCACUGAGCUAAGAGAGUAUUUCAACACAUGGCUCACUGUUACAGACUACAGUCUUGGAGCAGUAGGAUGGGACAUGGGGCGUUGUACGGUUUGGGAGAGCGUACCAAGGGACCUGGCUCGUGGUUCGUUGCCUAGCUUGUUGUUAGCUAUUUAACUAAUGACUAAAGAGUAAAUUAAUUAAGUAACACACAGUUUGUCUCUGGGGGUUUCUAUACUUUUAUGAUGAAUUUAGCCUAUAUGUUCUAAACAGUGUUAUGUGAACCCCAAGUUGUGUAUAUUAUUGGUUCUUAUAAAAAUUGUCUACUCAUUUUCAGGUUCAUCACUCAUCGUGCUUUAAUAAAUAUCAGAGUAAAAUAACUUAAGUAACUUUGAUCCUAUAUAUAUCCCUAUUGGAUUAUAAUGAAC